AUGGCAUCUGACAAGGUCUUCUGGAUGGUGCUCCUUGCCAAGGUGGGCGUCUUCGAAUGGUGGGUGUCUUCCACCGCAAGAUAUCCCGAGGCCUCACCAGCCGAAGACUUCCCGCGCCAGGCCAGAGACUUUUCUGGGGGCUCCCUCUUCGCGUCCGAGAGUUGGAUCGAAGGACAACGCUUCGUUGUGCCUGAGAUCACAACUGGACCAGCCAACCAUGGGAUCCUUGUUGAUCCCAUCCUCCUCAAAACAUGCGUCCCUCUGACGAUUGACGAGGGCGUAUGGCGGCCAACGUGCCCGGUGAUUCAGCGACAACCUCGCAUCGAAAUCCCGGCCGUGGUCAGCAUGAGUGAGGCCGGUUCUCUCUCCCCGGGCGCCACACCUGGGGACCCGCAGUCACCCUCCACCCCCGUCCUCUUCUUCGCCCUGCUCGCCCUCCUCAGUCUCGUCUUCCCUGUCCUCGCCAUAUGGCACACAUUUGCCAAGGCGGACUGCGACCACGAUGGUCAAAGUCGUGACCUUGCCGACAAGGUCAAGGAACAGGAAGCAACCAUUGCCGGCCUGGAGGACCGCCUCCGCGGCACAGAAAUGGUUGAAGAGCAGCUGGCCAAGUGCUCGGCCCAACUGGCCGAGGACAGCAAGGCCAUGGGGCAGAUGCAUGAGCUCGUCGAGAAACAGAAGGCGAUGCUCGAAAAGAAAUCCUCCUUGAUCAAGGAGCAAGAAACCACCAUGGCUCAACAAAUGGAGCUGGUUUCGGAGCAAGCAGCCAAGAUGGCUGAGAAAGACUCCACCAUCGCGGAGCUGCGAGCCGCCAUGGCUCAGCAAACCGCGGUGGUUACGGAGCAAGCGGCCAAGCUGGCCGAGAAAAGCUCCUUGAUCAAGGAGCAGCGAUCUGCCCUGGCGAAGAAGGAGGAGGAGAUCGAGGAGCAGGUGGCCCUCAUGGUGGAGCAAGACUCCACGAUCAAGGAGCAAGAAGCCCUCAUGGUAGGGCAAGGCUCCGAGAUCGAGGAGCUGCGGGAGGUUCUCCGACAGAAGGAGAACGAGCUGAAAGAGGAGGAGGGCGCAACGGCCCGAGUGGAGGAGGAGAGGGAGGCGGAGAGGAAGGCGGCCGCAGAACAUGCGAGCGCGCUGGCCAGCACCAGGGACCGGCUGACGAAACAGCUGGAGGAGGCGAACAAGGAGCUGCGUGCAGCUACCUUUUUCGACAAGGACCUCUCGCGUCGGAGGGAGGAGAUGAUGGUGAAGCUGAACAAGCGGCUUCAUCAGCACACCCGCCACAUCAUCGAGCUCAAGGCGCAGAUCGAGGGGCUCGGCCAGGUCCCCGUCUCUCCACCAGUGGUGGGAGACACGACUCCUGCGCCGGCUCCGACGUCUGAGGAGCCAGAUGCUGCGACUCCGGCGCCGUCGACGCCUGCACCUGCCCCGUCCGCUCCCACGCCUGGCCGUCAGCUGACGGACAGUCGUUGGGCCGAUGCGACGCCUCCGAGUGGGCCUGCCGCAUUGCGUGCAGGUGUGCAAGGACGCGGUCGUGGACGCGGCAGGGGUGGGCAUUGA